AUGCUGAUAUUGGCGAUGGCCAAUUCCUAUUUACAGCCCUCCCCUUCACACUCAUCAGAAUUGAAAGAACGUUUGGUAGAAUUGCUUUUGUCAGCACGACGCGAACAAUUGGAUAAUCAGAUGAAUUUCGCCAGACGUAAUGAAAACAAUGAAGUUGACAAGUCAUCUUUACAAACCCUUCGUGAACAAGCGGAAAAGUGGAAGGAUUCCGCUAAACGUUUUGACAAAGAUGAAGUUGAUAAGUCAUACUUACAAACGCUUCGCGAAGAAUUGGAAAAGAGGAUGGAUUCCGCUAAACGUUUUGACAAAGAUGAAGCUGAUAAGUCACACUUACAAACCCUUCGUGAACAAGCGGAAAAGUGGAAGGAUUCCGCUAAACGUUUUGACAAAGAUGAAGUUGAUAAGUCAUACUUACAAACGCUUCGUGAAGAAUUGGAAAAGAGGAUGGAUUCCGCUAAACGUUUUGACAAAGAUGAAGUUGAUAAGUCAUACUUACAAACCCUUCGUGAACAAUUAGUUGGGAGAAUUAAUUCUGAUCGACGGGACUACUAUAAUCAAGUCGAACAAAGCCGAGCUCAACGAAAAAUUGAAAGUGAUUUGCCUUCAUUUGUGCCGCUAUAA